UACCAGGAAUUGAAGGCAGACGUCGACAGUACCCGCCUAUUGACAAUUGAGCCAGCGGAAAGCCAGGAUGAACCUAUCAUUUGUCGUUUAGACAACAUUGAGUUUUGCGAGAAACCUAAGUAUGAAGCACUGUCGUACAUGUGGGGUAACGAAUACAAUCAAUCAUCAAUCAUGGUGAAUGGUUGUAAUGUCUUGGUACGACAAAAUCUACUGGAUGCCCUGCGGUACCUGCGCUCGCAAGCACGUAAGCUACCAAUAUGGAUUGAUGCAUUGUGCAUCAAUCAGGAAGACAUCAUGGAACGAAACCGACAACUGAGAAUUAUGCACCAUAUUUACUUUCGAGCUAGCACGGUGGUCAUUUGGCUGGGCGCACGGUAUUUACAAUUCCAAUAUUUGACCCCAGAUCUAUUGGCACGAAGAGCAGAGGUUAUAUCUACGACGCUUGGAGACAGCGUUGAAACAGUCGCAGAGGAUGGCGAUGAAGCAAACAAGAGAGCCGAAGAAAUGGAGUUCGUCGAAGCCCUUAGUAAAGAUGGUUAUUGGCAGAGAUUGUGGAUCAUCCAAGAGGUUGGCCAAGCAGAGAGCCUUGUCAUUUGCUUCGGCGCCUUUCAACCCAUGCAAUGGGACGAGUAUAUCCACUUGAUGAGGAUGCACAACAUCGGGGAUGAUGGGCCUUUGAGACUUGACCGACUUAGGCGCAACGCUGACAAGGGUGCUCUAACUUUUCGAAGAUUACUCUACGACCACCAAGAGGCAAUCUGUACCGAGCAGAGAGACAAGAUAUACGGUCUUGUUGGCCUUGCCGCUGAUGCUCAUGGCUUCCCCAUGGAUUACAAAAAGCCUCGAAUCCAGGUCUGGAAAGAUGUCAUGCAUUUCAUGAAUGGACGGAAGCUCGUUGACAGUACAGAGAUAAUGCAGUUCGGUGCUAUGGUGAAGCGUCUUGUCAUUGGUGACGACUGUACUCCGCUGAUGCAAGUUCUUCGACCUGCCCUUGCACAUACUGAUGUCUCUGUUUCUGCUAACGCGGAUAUCUACCCAACGUUCAAAUUGAGCGGUGUUGUGCUAGGCCAAAUUGUGCAGGUUGGUGCAACUACUACUGCAAUUAUUGGCCAAUUGAGCACAGUGGACUCUUGGAAUCAGAAGGUACAGGAAAACUUCCACUGGGACGUGGAGCAAGCUCAAAUGGAGAGCAGGAUGCUACAGAGGGCAAUACUUGAUCCGUCUAUUGGUCGGGAAUGUUUCAAUCACGUAGGAAAUGUCCGAUGGCUUAUGCAUUACGAUCAAAGCAAAUCUAGGCGAUACAAAUUUCCAGAAAAUGAGGCUUUGUGUUCGUACUUUCGAAAUCACGAAGACAGACUCAAAGAUCCUACUACGGCCAUUCGAUCCAACGCAACAAAUACCGAGCCUUCGGUAUAUCAACUUUACAAACGUACUAACGGAAACCCUGCUCGCACAAACUGGAGGAUGGGUAUCGUAUCUUAUCUAGCUGAGGAAGAGGAUUUGAUCGUAUGGAUGCCCGACAUAAGGCAAGCUAUUGUUGUUCGGUGUUAUCGGGAUGAUCCAGGCUGGGUAUGUUCGCAGGUAAUUGGCACAGCUUGGAUCACGGAUGAUGUG